CCCCGCCGCUGCCGUUUCCCCGGCGUGCGAGUCUGGUAGUUUCAGCUUCUCUUCGGGUCGGCCCUGCGGUAAUUGCGGUCGUUCAGGUCCCGAGAUCCUCAGCGUCACAGGCUCGGCGACAUGUCGAUGCUGGCUGAGCGUCGGCGGAAGCAGAAGUGGGCUGUGGACCCAAGAAACACUGCAUGGAGUAAUGAUGACUCCAAGUUUGGCCAGAGGAUGCUGGAGAAGAUGGGGUGGUCUAAAGGAAAGGGUUUAGGGGCUCAGGAGCAAGGAGCCACUGAUCAUAUCAAAGUUCAAGUCAAAAAUAACCACCUGGGACUAGGAGCUACUAUCAAUAACGAAGACAACUGGAUUGCUCAUCAAGAUGAUUUUAACCAGCUUCUGGCCCAGCUGAACACUUGCCAUGGGCAGGAAACAACAGACUCCCCAGACAACAGGGAAAAGAAGUCUUUCAGUCUUGAGGAGAAGUCCAAAGUCUCCAAAAACCGUGUUCACUAUAUGAAAUUCACAAAAGGGAAGGAUCUCUCAUCUCGGAGCCAAACAGAUCUUGACUGCAUUUUUGGAAAAAGACAGAAGAAGAAGACUCCUGAGGACCACCCCAGCCCGUCUGCCACGGAGGAGACGGACACCUCCCGCACGACCACCAGCGCCUUCACCAUCCGCGAGUACUUUGCCAGGCGCAUGGCGGAGCGGAACAGCAAGGCACAAGGCGUAGCUGCAGGGCCCAAGGCUUCAGAGACCCCAGUGGAAAGGAAAGGGAGGAAGAAGAGAAAGAAAGAGGCAAAAGAUAAAAAUGCGGACAACGACAUCCAACCUAAGGCCAAGAAGAAGAGAAACCAAGUGGAAUGUGAGCUGGGAGACCCUCGCUGGGACGAGAAUCCUGGGGCUUCAGCUGGGGCUGGAGAGGGUCGCGUGGGGCCACUCGAUGAGCAGGACUCCCCGCCAAAGCCCAAGAAAAGGAGAGAAAAGGAAAAGGGACCAGAGCAAGUUGAGGCAGCAGUGGGUAGUACGCUAGAUGAAACACCAGUGAAAAGGAAGAAAAAGAAGAAAGGUUCCAAGUAAGUUCUCUGGGGCAGUGCCUCCCAGCUCCUCUGUGUCGGGGCGCUGCCGGGACAGACUCCCGGCCGGGCGUCAGCUGGGUUCACCCGGGGGGCCACGCCACCUCCGACAUGCCUGGCCCCUGCCACGUCUCGCCCACACCAUGUUUUCCCAAAUCCUGUUCCCAGAACGUUUCAAUGUUCCAAGUCAUGGCUGUCACAGACAAAUAAAUUUCUCACUGGA